AGCCUCGCCCCGCCCACCUCCCGCCUGAUUGGGCCUUUCGAACUGUGCGGGCGGAGGCGGCGGAAUGAAUCGGGCCGCGCAGGGGCCGCGAAGGCAGCGGCUGCAGGGACCCAUGCCCGGAUGGCAGGCAGGGAGGUAACAGACACCAUGCAGCCAGCAGUUCAGGUAUGGUUUGGAGAUGAUCCCCCAUUAGGUCCACGAAUUCCACUGACUCCACUGACUCCAAGGCAUGGUCCUGGCUUAACAGAUGUUUUACUCUACGACGAGUGGAUCUCUGUCCGACAUGAAGCAACUUUGGAACCUAUGCAGGAGGAUCUGGCCAUCUGGCUAUCUGGCUUGUUGGGGAUAGACCUGACAGCAGAAGAACUAUUGGAAGAUCUUGAUAAUGGGGCAUUACUGUGCUUAUUAAUUGGAGUCAUUCAGAAUGCGGUUAAAAAAAGUUGUAACCCAAAUGACUUAAGCGAUUUCCCUUUGAAAAAAGUCCCCUGUAAGAAAGAUGCUCCUUCAGGGUCCUUCUUUGCCAGAGAUAACACAGCCAACUUUCUGAAUUGGUGCAGACUCAUUGGAGUGGAUGAGACUUACCUCUUUGAAUCUGAAGGCUUGGUUCUGCAUAAAGAGCCAAGACAAGUAUAUCUUUGUUUAUUGGAAAUUGGCCGCAUUGUCUCAAGAUAUGGAGUUGAACCUCCCGUUUUAGUAAAACUGGAGAAAGAAAUUGAAUUGGAAGAAACGUUAUUGAUGUCUGCUGAUCCUGUUGCUCCUGCUCCCAUCCCUACAUCCUGUUGUCCACAUGAAGCAUUGCAUGAAGCAGUUAAACAUAUUGCUGAAGAUCCUCCUUGCAGCUGCUCUCACAGGUUUUCAAUUGAGUAUUUAUCUGAAGGACGCUAUAGAUUAGGAGACAAGAUACUCUUCAUACGGAUGUUACAUGGGAAGCAUGUGAUGGUACGUGUUGGUGGGGGCUGGGAUACUCUUCAGGGAUUUUUACUCAAGUAUGAUCCUUGUCGAGUGCUGCAAUUCGCAACCGUUGAACAGAAGAUCUUGGCAUUUCAAAAAGGUGCAUCCAAUGAGACAGUUCCUGAUUCAUCUGCUAGAACUCCCCAGCCUCCAUCUAUGAACCCCAUUUCUGCGAUUAAUACAUAUCAGAAACAAAAUUCAAAGCCUCCUGCUCCUGCUCCAGCUCCAAAGACUCCUCAUGUUGCUGAUAGAAAGCAGAAAGCAGCAAAGUUUACACAAUCUCCUGCACUUUCUUCCCCCAAAGCAAAACCACAAACACCUUCUAGAAACCAGUGUGCUCUGGGCCACCUGAAGUCAAAAAGUUCCUCAGUUAAUAAUUCAUGCCCAUCUUCCAAAAAAAUCAUGCCUGUUUCUAAAUGUGUCCAACCUGACAAUAAAGGUUCUACAUCGGCCUUAUUUAGAAAUGUUAUAAAGUCUUCAGAAUGUCUUCAGAAACGUAUUUUGUCACCUGUCCAAUGUACACGUCCACAGAAUUCUCCAACCAUGUUGCAUCCUGUCCCUUCUUGUUCAACAAGUAAACUUUCUGAGUUGUCUGGAACAAAGAAGAGGGUGGCCUCUGAAGAGAUGCGUCAUUCUCCAAAGAGCAGUGCCACAGCCAAAUCUAAACCUCUUCCAAAAACAUCAGUGAAGCCUCCAUGGCCAACUAACAGAACUCCCAAUGGUCCCAAACCACCAUGGUCGCAACAUUUUUCUGCAACAUCAACAAAAUCAGUUCCCAAAACCACUACUUCCCAAAUGUGCUCAGCCAGAGGCACAACAGAAAGUAAACAGGCCAAAAAUAUCAAAACUGCAGCUGUUGGUAAACAGUUGAGCUCUACCUCUUUACAUGCAACAAGCAAAUCAGCACAACCAACAUCUGCAUUAGAAGCAAGGAGUAAAAUCACAUCUCCAUCUGCCAACAGUCAUUCCUCAAACAAGAAUAUGCAAGUUCAAGGUAGCAAAUCAAAAACUUUGGUGGGAUCCGGUAGGUCAAAACACUCUGAGCGUACUCCGCUGUCUGUUGUACGUCUUCCCCAAACAUCUUCCAUAACUGAAAAUAGAAAAAAGACAAUUCAGGCUGCCACCAAGACUCAAUCUCCAGCUAAAACCACCCAGAAGAAUAAUAAAAUUCUUGAUCCAGCUGUUAAGAAUCGACUUUUAAAAGUAAAGGUUGAUACAGUCACUACUAAGGGGGUGCCUCAUGGGUCAAAGGAUCCCACACUGAAGAAAAAACAAGAUGACAAUUAUUUUGUUAUGUCUGGAAAUAAGAAGCUUAGAAAAUAAAAUAACAAGGAAAUGUUAGCUGGUGGCUUCUUGUUUCAUACAAGAGAAUGCUAACAUUAAGUAAUGAUAUUGCAAGUCAAAUGCAGUUAGAUGAGUUCUGUUAGCAUAUUGAAAAACACUUCCCCAGAAUGAAGUAAUAUAUUGAACAGCAUAAGGCACCUUACUAGCAUUAUCAGAGUUCAGGGUUGUUUCCCAUAAAGUCUUCAUAAAAUGUUUGCUUCCCAAUUUGAUAGGACAACAAUUUCUCAAUGAGUCCCAUGAGUCAGAUUAUAUUUUAUAUGUUGAGGGGCUGAAUAUUCUUAUACUGUAUUAGUUGCCUCUUGGGAUACACAUUUAAUCUGAAAAUUUAGCAGAGCUUGGAAAAGUUAAUUUAUUUUGGACAAUAACUUGGAGAAUAUCUUAGCCUGCAUGGCUAUGAUCACUUAGGGAUUAUGGUAGGUACAUUCCAGAAAAUCAGCAUUUCCAAACUCUGAAUAUUUUCCCUCUCUUGAAUUAGCCCUCUCCAAGUGAAAUGUUCAUGCAUUUAUUAGGUUUUUUUUUUCAAAAGUAGGUAUGAUAACUGGUCCUUAUAGUACAAAUACCAUUUCAGCUGGGGGUGUGUGGGGGGAAUAGCCUAUCAUUUGUUUAUUGGCAACUAAUUAAAAUUGUAUAUAUCUAUAUUUCAAAGAACAGGCUGUUAAAAGUAAAUGUCCUCAGCAGAGACUGCUGAUUGGCCUUAGUAUUCCAUCUUUUAUCAUCAAAUGUAUGAUUCCAUUGAACUUUCAGUGAAACUAGGUCACUGGGAACACUUUACAAAUUUUGGCCUUAACCUUAGUGCCUUAGCCCAUGAUGUGCUCUGCCAGUUGUUCUCACCGUAUCGGUACAGAUAGGUGUUCUGUUUUAUUUAUAUCAACUGUGUCCAGGUCCUGUGCUGAAAAAACCUGGAUUUAAGCAAACAAAACAAUGGGCAUGGUUACACAGCAAUAAUGCAAUGUGUGCUGAUGCUGUGUAAUUCUUCUUCAUAUUGGCCUUUCUGAAACAUGUAGAACUUAUGCAGCCACAUGGUCUAGUGUACUGUCUAUAUAAAAUGCAUUAGCCAAGCCUUCUUGCAAGAGAAGACUACAAUUCUAGGAAGUAUGCUUGUGUCUGCAGUUUGAGAGCAACCUCCAGAUAUGAUUUAUAUUUAUCAGCACAACUGAAGAGCUUUUCAAAUAAGCUGCCUAUGUGACUACUAUAUUAAUAUCACGUGUUACUUCAUUGCUAGUUCUGCGAUAAAUUAUUUGUUGCAUUGAUGCUUUCACUUGCAGCACAAACUCAAAACUUAGGAAGGAAAAACAACUGGGACUAAAUAUCUUUGCCUACAAAGUUGUGCAUUCUCAAGCUAUGGUGAUUAAAAUUGCAUGUGUAUAUUUGUAUAAACCUGUACUUAUUACAGCAGUAUUUCAGACAAUCCAUAUAUUUAAAAUGUUUCUUGUACCUCCUCAGUAAUUAAUGUUUAUGUGGGAGUCAGAAAUUGCACUGUCAAGUAUUAAUGAUGGAACUUCACUUUUUUUUACAAAAAGUCUCGAUCUUAAUCCAUUUCAUAUCAAAUUGUAGCUUUAAUAUACAUUGCAGACAAAUAUGGAAUUAAUCAUCAGUGAGUAGAACUUUGAAAAAGAACAAAAAUCACAAGCUGGUGUACAAUCCACUGUUGACUGAAGUGGGAAUAAAGGACAUUUACUGAACCUGAUCUAAUUGCACUUUAAAAUAUGGUAUUUGAUUUGCUGAAACUGGAUCUGAAUAACAGUUGGCAUUGAAUGUGUCUUUGCGUGAAAAACACCAGUAAGCAGCAUCAGUUUAUGAACACAGUUUAUGAACGGGGUUCUUCCUUCAGUAUGUGAUAUUUACAUGGAAACCUGCUGAUAGGCACAGAUUCUCUUAGAUGAAUCAGGUGGGCUAGUUUUAUAAAGUUAUAAAGGUAUAGGUCUCAAUUAUUGGGGAAUAAAUAUCAGUGAGCAAACAUGUAUAGUACUGUUCUGCAAACCAUGUUUAUAGCAUUGUAAAUGGGACAAGAACGGGGAAACAGAUGAAAAGUUGUGUCUGGAAUUAUUAUUUAACACGUGCACUAAUAAGCUAUUAUCAGGAGUCAGAGCGGUGGUGAUAUAAACAUCCAUUUCUGCCUUUCCUGGUUGAUGUAUAGAUUUAAAAUAAACUACUUUCAGUGGCAAAUGGAACAGACAGGAAUUGAGAAUAUUAUUGCUGUGUAUCUUUUAUAUAAGGCUUGGCUCUAAAAGUCUAUAAAGUUGUUUAACCUGACCUUAAUUCUGCCCCCCUCUCAAAAUCUGGGUGUGAAUCACAUGGCUCUUCAAAUAUUGCUGUAGCAUCCUUCACAAUAGACCAUGCUGGUGAGAGAAACUAAACUAGGCAUUGCAAUCCAACACCAUCUGAGGGGCCAUGUGAUCAUCACUUAUUUGCUAAGUGAGUUCUUUCCAUUAUUUUUGUAAAGAUGUGUCACCAUCCAGUAAUGUGGAAUGAGAUCCUUUGUAGACUGUAAUGGUUAUGCAGCCUUAUUUGAGAAUUAUGGUCAUGAUCUAAAGGAGCAGCUCUUUACAUUCAGUGUUGGCUUUUCUGUACACAAAACUUGUGUGGGUGUGCUCAUGAAGCUUUGUCUGAAAAGGUAAUAGAUUAUAACUAUGUAGGUUCUCGUGUGAGUGUGGACAAUCUUUCCUGUUUUGUCUUCUGCAAUCAUAUUGAAAACUUGUGCCACAAUAAAAUUUCAAAGUGC